AUGAUCAAUGCUCUGCACCGCACGAUGAUGACCAAGAACGUCCUCGAUCCGGUUCCCAGAGAGUAUAACUCUUACAUCCUUCAUCUGUUGGAGGGCUAUUGGAAUCUUCAGGAGCGGCUGGAGAAGACAGAGCAGGAGCUCGCAGAGGAGAAGGAGACAAAGUUGAAGAGUCUCGAAGAAUUCACGAAGAUGUCUGAGGAAUGGGAGUUGAAAGAGGCCGACUUCCGCGCUGAGAUCAAACGUAUGGAACUCGUCCUCGUCGAUGUAGCCCCUGCAGGUGUCGGUGCAGUGGUCCUGGCCAGGUCUGGCAGUCUCGUCGACAGAAGCGCAAGAUCCUCUCGACUCUUCAAGGCCAGGAUCGAGAAGGCCAAGGAGAGCCCCCAUAAAGGUAGAUCACACUUGAACAGCGUGUCAAUGCAAGUUAAUCUAGAUGACAACGCCGAUGUUGAACUGAGCAAGGGGCUGAGAAAGGCUGAGCGACGACAGCAACGAGCCUCCGAACGUGGGAAGAAGAAGCACCUAUUCCCGCCGGCCAACGUGGAAUGGGACAGUUCAGAGGAGGAGGAAGCGUACAAGUCAGCAUCGGUUCAGGAGACAGCCAAGUUGUCUGGCUUGGAGUCUACCAAGUCUCGACUAUCACGCCGAGCAGCACAAACGGCGAAGAUAAUCACCCCUGAAUCGACCGCAAUGAAAACCACCGUAACCGGAAAGAUUGAGCAUGACGGCACGAAUUAUCGGCAGGAAGGCGCACCUGGUGCCGGCAUUGAUACGGCCGCGACGGGUACACGGACAGAUGAGCGGCCGAUGGGUACUGACCUGGAUGGCAUGACAGCCACGACUGCCCGUAGAACCUCAGGGGCCCGCCGCCACAGGAGAGACUUCUCUUUCGAUGCUGGAGAAGAUAGCGUCCAGCUGCACGCCCUGUCAGGCACUGCUAACUUUGCCUACGGAAACGAUGGCUACUUAUGCGGUCCCGGGGCUUCCCCUCUUGAGCGCCCCCUUUCGUCAGACAAACAAGCUUCGAUGGCAUCAGUCACCGCAGGGCCUUCGAAUAAGCGAGACCAGAUGCUUGACGGCGAUAUCCAGAAGUCACCAGGCAAAGACGAAGCCAAUACGCUCGGAACCCGCUUUGAGGAAGAGCAAAUCGGUGCAGAAGGCGGCAGGCUAGCCACGAGACCUAGCCUCCUAGAUAGACGGCGAAGCUCCCGCUCCCACAAAUCGUCCCGCGAGUCCUCGAGCAACAACCAGAGAACCUCCAGCGAUGAGGCCAGUGGACACGGCAGAACCAGCUCAACGGAACGAAGUACUACACACGCGAAUCAAGCACGGAUAGCGGCAAAGGAGGCAUUGAAGCGGGUGGGGUCCAGAGGCUAG